GAAAAGCCAACGGCCUCUUGUGUCCAUUCUCCGACACUUCAAAAAUGGAGCUUUCUGCUGCUUCUGCCCGCCUAAGCUGCUACUCUUCUUGGCAAACCAGACCUCGGGUUUGCGUUUUUCAUCCAACUGGCGCUCUAAACUUUUCUCUUCGACAAUCUCUCUUCUCAUUUAAAAACCAUUACCGCACGCAAAUGGACUCUCGCUCUCAUGAAACUCUCUCUUGUGCUUCACUUCCCCAGAGCAACGCCUCUCCUGUAACUUCUCCACAAUCCCACUCAGAUCGAAUUGGAGAAGUUAAGAGAGUGACGAAAGAGACGAAUGUGUCGGUGAAGAUUAACCUGGAUGGUACUGGGAUUACUGACAGUUGUACUGGCAUUCCCUUUCUUGAUCAUAUGUUAGAUCAACUUGCUUCACAUGGGUUAUUUGAUGUCCACGUAAAGGCCACUGGUGACAUUCACAUUGAUGAUCAUCACACAAAUGAAGAUGUUGCUCUCGCCAUUGGAACAGCCUUGCUGCAAGCGCUUGAUGACAGGAAAGGGAUUAACCGAUUUGGUGACUUCACAGCUCCACUUGAUGAAGCAUUGAUACAUGUUUCACUGGAUUUAUCUGGAAGACCACAUUUAAGUUAUGAUUUGCAGAUUCCAACUGAAAGAGUUGGAAAGUAUGACACACAGCUGGUGGAGCACUUUUUCCAGUCUCUGGUGAAUACUUCUGGUAUGACACUUCACAUCCGGCAGCUUGCUGGAAAGAAUUCUCACCACAUCAUUGAGGCAACCUUCAAAGCUUUUGCUAGGGCUCUUCGACAAGCAACAGAGUAUGAUCCUCGUCGCCGUGGAACCAUACCGAGCUCUAAGGGGGUUCUAUUACGAUCUUAGCACUUUUUGAGCAAUAAGCAGAUGUCCACUUAAGCGAAAUUAUAUGCACAUGGAUGCAUUUGUGGUCAUUAUUUGGUGACUUACUUUAGUAAAAGAUCAAGAUAUGAUAUUUGAUUGUGCGGUUCAGUUGUCAACAUUGAGAAAGCAGAGUUGGUUGUGCUUAUUUAUCCUUAAGCAGUGCGGUGCUGGGAACUGUGUAUUUGUUAGCAAUAGAGUUUUCCCCAAGACUCUUCUCUUUGUUGUUGGAAAAUGUUAUCUGCUUUAGUUUCCCGGGUCUGUUGAAGUUAAAUGGAUAAACUGGGAUUUUUUGGACGUGUGAUGGCCCCCAGAUAUUGAUACCAAAAAACUUUUCCAAGGGGAAAAUGAAAAUCAUUCAAAUUUUC